AGGCAGGCCAGCGGCGCGGCGGGCGCAGAGGAUGCACGCGGGGGUCCUGGGCCUCUCCGCCCUGCUGCUGGCGGCCGAGCAGAGCGCGCGCCUCUGCACCGUGGUUUACUACUUCACCACAGGCCGGCUCCUCUGGGGGUGGCUGGCCCUCUCUGUGCUACUACCUGGCUUCUUGGUCCAGGGCCUGAGCUACCUUUGGUUCCGAGAAGAUGGACAUCAAAGUCGCUGCUCGUUGGUGGUGCUACACCUCCUCCAGCUUGGCGUGUGGAAGCGGCACUGGGACGCCGUGGCCCCUGUUCUCCGAAACGAAGGGGAGGCCCCCGCCUCGGACCAGCUGCGGAUGCAGGAGGCCGACCUGUCGGCCCUGCGCCUCCUGGAAGCCCUGCUGCAGGUCGGGCCCCACCUGCUGCUUCAAACAUACGUCUUUCUCGCCUCGGACUUCACUGGUAUCGUGCCGGGGAUGAGUGCGCUGUGCUCCUGGUCUGUGCUGUCCUGGGCCCUGGUGUGCUAUGCUCGUGCCAUGGGCGCCAUGAAGCCGGGUCACCUCUCCAUGCCGUGGACGGCCCUCGGCUGCCAGCUGCUCUGGAGGAUGGGCAUGGUGGGAGCCCGCGUUCUGAGUCUGGUUCUGUUCUUCCAAGUUUACCGCGUCUGGGUUCUGGUUGUUGCAGGUGCCCACUGGCUGGUGAUGACGUUCUGGCUCGUGGCUCAGCAGAGUGACAUCGUGGACAGCACCUGCCGCUGGAGGCUGUUCAACCUGCUCACGGGUGCCGUGUACAUCCUCUGCUACCUCAACUUCUGGGACAGCCCUUCCCGAAGCCGGAUGGCCACGUUCUACACGGUCAUGCUGCUUCAGAACACCAUCCUCGUGCUGCUGGCCACGGAUUUUCUCCAGGGAGCGUCGCGGACCAGCCUGUGGACGGUAGCCGGAGUCUUGUCUGGAUUUCUGAUCGGCAGCGUCUCGCUGGUCAUUUAUUACAGCCUGCUCCAUCCUAAAUCCACAGACAUCUGGCAGGGCUUUGUAAGGAAGUCCUGUGGCGUUGCAGGGGGUGAUAAAGCAGAGGGAGACUCUCCUCCCCGGGCCUCGGGGCCAGCUGGGGAGGGGCCGGAGAGCCUGGGGACCUGCCAAGAGGAAAGUGAUGUGCUAACAAGCCUGGGGAAGCCCCCCAGCCCACAGUGGGGUCCCCCACAGGCUGGGAUGGAAAGCCAGAUGGCUGGGGAGGCCUCUUUCCUCAGCCAUCACCACUGGCUAUUGGUGAAACUUGCCCUGAAAACGGGAAAUGUGUCAAAGAUCAACGCACUCUUUGGAGAAGACAAUCCUGGCUUCUUUUGUUCCCCUCCAUGGGGGUUGAGCCAACACUGCAACCAGGAGAGGAAGCCCCCAUCCUCCCAGCAAGAGCCCCCAUUGUCACCCCACAAACCCCUAACCUCAGAGGAAGGCUCUGAGCUUCCAGUUGUCCCCAGAGCAGAGGCUGACGAAACUUCAAAUUACGUCUCUUUUGCCAGCGAUGAUCGUGACAAAACUCCUGCCCAGAAGCCGUCAGCUAUGCAGCAGGAGGGCAGCCCGAAGGAAGGAGACGGGGCUGCUUCUGGGGUGCAGGGGAGGGGUGCAGGGGGGUGGCUGGGUGGAGGGGAAGGACAGGAGAGCUCCACACUCUACUUCAGUGCCACAACUGAAGGGGCCAUGUCCUCACACCAAGACGGUGGGAGGGCAACUCUGACGAUGUCCGUCUCUGGGAGGAGAUUGGGGGAGGGCAGCCCUGCCCGGCCUGCCUCACCUCUGCCGGCCACCAAGCCCUUUCCCGCCACCAUGGCCAACAUCAGCCCGAACUUAGGCACCGGCCCAGGUAGAAGCUUCCAUCCUAGUGGCAGAGCCCUGGGUGGCUCAGGGCAUGGGGGUCAGCAGGAAUCCACGAGGGACCAGAACCAUCCUGCCACUGCUGGCACACAGAUGCCAUGGCCGAAGGUGAGCCCGAGGCCCGCUGUGGAGCCCUGCCUCACGUCCACCCCCAAGUCUGAGUCCACCCACAGGGACAGCAGCUGGAGGGAAAGGCUGAAGACCGAGACAAGUUUCUUCAUCUGACCACAGUCACCGUGAGAUAAAGCAACAGACCAGCUAAUCAAGCUGGUCAUUGGCGUCGGGAUAGGUGGAAUCCCACUUCUGACACCUACACCCUUGCGUACAUCACAUCCCCUCUGGACUUCUGUCCACACAGCUAGAGAAUGAGAGAACCAGAUUAGAUUAGAUAAGAUCCCCUGCAAACACCACAUGCCACACAUAUACACAGGAGUCAUUCUCUAACACAGUGUAGAAGGUGGUAGAGAUAAAGCUUCCAAUCAAAAUUGACUGCUGGGCUUCCCUGGUGGCGCAGUGGUUGAGAGUCCGCCUGCCGAUGCAGGGGACACGGGUUCGUGCCCCGGUCCAGGAAGAUCCCACAUGCCGUGGAGCGGCUGGGCCUGUGAGCCAUGGCCGCUGGGCCUGCGCAUCUGGAGCCUGUUGCUCCACAGCGGGAGAGGCCACAGCAGUGAGAGGCCCGCGUACCGCAAAAA